AACACGUUUGCUGGACACUUACUAGACGCCAUUUAAAACUUCCUGAAGAGCAUCAAGUGACUGUUGCACUUCUGUAGGAUAUACAAGCUAUGGUAGCCGGUUUCGAACAACGACCCUGGACACCUACCGUACGCCGUGGACAAAUUGCUGCUGAGACAUCAACUCCAGGACCAGCAGCGGUUGCAUUACCCAAUUUAAUUGGUACCAAAGUACUGGACUCGCGAAAACACGCCGCUCCAGCAUUUACCUUUGGUCAGAAGCAUCGACCAACCGUACAAUCGUUGGGCGAAGGACCAGCCAAGUACAACAUCACCGGCUUGGGCAACAAGGGCAAAGAUACACCUCCUGCUGCUACCCUUCAAAGUCGCCACAAAGAGAUGUCGAAAUUUUGCACCCCAGCCCCCGGAGAAUAUGAUGUCGACAAGGCCAUUAAGGCGGUGAAACAGUCAACGGCCAAAUAUACUUUUGGUCAAAAAUUGGCUGUAGAAAAACAGAAUUCGACACCAGGUCCAAACCAUUAUCGAGUUGUACCACUCGAUGUUAUCAAACCCCGUGCCCCCCAAUAUACAUUUCGAAUAAAAUUGAAAGUAAUUUUAAUAAAUACACCAGCGCCAAAUAGAUAUCGACCCGAGAGGGUGUCUUUGGUGAAAAAGAAUUCACCGCGUUACUCAUUUGGUAGACGUACUAAAAUUUACUUCGAUAAGGGAACUCCAGCUCCGGGAUCAUAUAGCCCCGAAAAGGCCAAUUUACACUCUACACCAGCUUAUACAAUUACCGGCAAGGCCACUCACGAUGUAGUUGAUUGUACACCGGCCCCUGGUGCUUAUGAACCGGAAAAAUGUAAAUUGGAUAAAACUCCAGCCUUUAGCAUCUCAGGUCGCCAUAGCAUACGUAAAACCAAUGACACACCUGCGCCUGGAGCAUAUGCACCAGAAAAAGUUCGCCUAGAUCAUACACCUGCUUACACAUUUGCCGGCAAGCAUGAAACGAAAAUUGUUAGCGACACACCUGCACCGGGAGCCUAUUGUCCGGAGAAGGUGAGGCUAGAUCACACCCCGGCGUAUAGCAUCAAGGGACGUCAUGAAGUGCAAAAGGCAAGUGAUACCCCGGCGCCUGGUGAUUAUGCACCGGAAAAAGUGCGUUUAGAUCAUACCCCAGCCUAUAGCAUUAGCGGUCGCAAGGAAGCCAAAAUAGUUAGCGACACUCCAGCCCCGGGGGCAUAUUGUCCGGAGAAGGUGAGGCUAGAUCACACCCCCGCCUAUACCAUCAAGGGUCGCCAUGAUUUAAGCAAGCCCAGUGAUACCCCGGCCCCCGGAGAUUAUGCACCGGAAAAGGUGCGUUUGGAUCACACACCUGCCUAUACCAUAAGUGGUCGCAAAGAAGCCAAGAUUGUCAGCGAUACCCCGGCUCCGGGAGCAUAUUGCCCAGAAAAGGUGCGCUUGGAUCACACACCCGCCUAUACCAUAAAGGGACGCCAUGAUGUGAGUAAGCCCAGUGAUACCCCAGCUCCAGGCGAUUAUGCACCGGAAAGAGUGCGUUUAGAUCAUACCCCAGCGUAUACCAUAAGCGGACGCCAGCAAGCUAAAAUCACCAAUGACACUCCGGCGCCAGGAGCAUAUGCUCCCGAAAAGGUGCGCUUAGACCACACCCCAGCUUAUACCAUGGCGGGAAAGCAUGAUCCUAAAGUAGCUAAUGAUACUCCAGCUCCUGGAGCUUAUGCUCCAGAAAAAUGCCGUUUAGAUAAAACACCUGCCUACACGAUAAGCGGACGCCAUGAUUUGCAGAAGCCCAGCGAUACUCCGGCACCAGGUGAUUAUGCCCCGGAGAAACAUAAUUUGGAUGGUACUCCAGCCUAUAGCAUGGCAGGACGUCAUAAUUUACAGAAGCCCAGUGAUACUCCGGCGCCUGGAGCUUAUGCUCCAGAAAAAGUGCGCUUAGAUCAUACGCCAGCCUAUACCAUGGCGGGAAAACAUGAUCCUAAAGUAACGAAUGAUACCCCUGCUCCUGGUGCUUAUGCUCCGGAAAAAAGUAAAUUGGAUAAAUCUCCAGCCUACACUAUGGGAGGACGCCAUGAUUUGCAGAAGCCCAGUGAUACUCCGGCGCCAGGUGAUUAUGCUCCCGAGAAACAUAAGUUAGAUGGCACCCCAGCCUACACCAUGGGCGGACGUCAUAAUCUUCAGAAGCCUAGUGAUACUCCAGCGCCUGGUGCUUAUGCACCAGAAAAACAUAAUUUGGAUGGUACGCCAGCCUACACCAUGGGUGGACGUCAUAAUCUGGAAAAACCCAGUGAUACUCCUGCACCUGGAGCUUAUGCUCCAGAAAAGUCCAAGUUGGACAAAACACCGGCCUACACCAUGGCUGGGCGCCAUGACUUGCAGAAGCCCAGUGAUACACCGGCGCCUGGAGCUUAUGCCCCAGAAAAACACAAUUUGGAUGGUACACCAGCCUACACCAUGGGGGGACGCCAUAAUCUGCAAAAACCCAGUGAUACUCCAGCACCUGGUGAUUAUGCUCCCGAGAAACACAAGUUGGAUGGUACCCCUGCCUAUACCAUGGGAGGACGCCAUAAUCUUCAGAAGCCUAGUGAUACUCCAGCGCCUGGAGCUUAUGCUCCAGAAAAACACAAUUUGGAUGGUACCCCAGCCUAUACCAUGGGAGGCCGCCACAAUCUACAAAAACCUAGUGAUACUCCAGCGCCUGGAGCUUAUGCACCAGAGAAAGUUCGCUUAGAUCAUACGCCAGCAUAUACAAUGGCUGGUAAGCAUGAUCCAAAAAUCUCAAAUGAUACUCCAGCCCCUGGAGCUUAUGCACCAGAAAAAUCCAAGUUGGAUAAAACACCAGCCUACACCAUGGCUGGACGUCACAACCCACAAAAGCCCAGCGAUACUCCAGCACCAGGUGAUUAUGCUCCUGAGAAACACAACUUAGAUGGUACUCCAGCCUAUACCAUGGCGGGACGCCAUAAUCUGCAAAAACCCAGUGAUACUCCGGCGCCCGGAGCUUAUGCACCAGAGAAAGUUCGCUUAGAUCACACUCCAGCCUAUACCAUGGCUGGUAAGCAUGAUCCCAAAGUAGCUAAUGAUACCCCAGCCCCUGGAGCUUAUGCACCAGAAAAAUCCAAAUUGGACAAAACACCAGCCUACACCAUAGCUGGGCGUCACAAUCCACAUAAACCCGCUGAUACUCCUGCUCCCGGUGACUAUGCCCCCGAAAAACAUCGUCUAGACGGAACUCCAGCCUACACCAUAGCUGGACGACAUAAUCCACAUAAACCCGCUGAUACCCCAGCUCCCGGUGACUAUGCCCCCGAAAAACAUCGUUUGGAUCACACCCCCGCCUACACCAUGGCCGGUAAGCAUGAUCCCAAGAUUUCUAACAAUACUCCAGCUCCUGGUGAUUAUUGCCCUGAAAAGGUGCGCCUGGAUCAUACCCCCGCCUACACAUUUGCUGGCAAGCAUCAGCCUAAAGUUUUAAGCGAGACCCCAGCUCCCGGUGCCUAUAGUCCGGAAAAGGUACGUUUAGAUCACACUCCAGCUUACACCAUUACCGGCCGCCAUGAAGCGCACAAACCUAGCGAUACCCCCGCUCCCGGAGAUUAUGCACCAGAAAAGACACGCUUAGAUCACACCCCAGCCUUCACCAUUGUGGGCCGUAAAGAAGUGAAAAUCACCAGUGAUUCACCGGCUCCCGGAGCCUACUCCCCCGAAAAGGUACGUUUAGAUCAUACCCCUGCCUACACCAUCAAGGGACGACAUGAGGUGCAAAAACCCCAAGAUACCCCGGCACCCGGUGAUUAUGCACCCGAAAAGGUACGUCUUGACCAUACGCCAGCCUUUACAAUUGUUGGCCGAAAAGAGGUGAAAAUCAUUAGCGAUAGCCCAGCACCCGGUAGCUACUGUCCGGAGAAAGUACGUCUCGAUCACACACCAGCCUACACCAUAACCGGUCGUAAUGUAACCCAUCAUCUGGACACUACUCCAGCGCCGGGUGAUUACAAGCCAGAAAUGUAUGAUCCUAAGGGCCAUACGCCAGCCUUCACAUUUGGCCUGAAAUUGAAGCAGGAACGUGUCAGUGAUACACCAGCACCCACUGCCUAUGAACCUGAAAAACACACCCUCGAUCACACACCUGCCUUCACGUUUGGCAGUAAGACCGAAACUAAAACGGUUGUCGAUGCACCAGCUCCCGGUCAUUAUCAUCCAGAAAACUAUAAACCCGAACACUCGCCUGCAUAUACUUUUGGUCACAAAACUUCGGUGAUGCCAGUUAUGCCACGUGGACCUUAUGUUGAAGAUCGUAUCAUCCAGAGACGUGAAAGACGUAUGAAAAGUCCUGUACGCAAUGUUGUCAUCUUAGAGAAUGGCACGACAACACAGCAGCUAUUGCAACAUCAAAAAGAACAACAACAAAAGGCCACCUCCAGCACCACGACAACAACAACAGUAACUGAAAUUCACACCGUUAAUGGUAAUGACAAAUCGCCUGUCGGAGUCAUUAGCAAUGGUGACGGCAACACCACCACGACCACGGUUAGGAGACAAACUUUGGUCAAUGGUAAUGUUGUCAAUGACAAGACCACCACCUCCAAGACCUCCAAUGGCACCACAACAGCAACAGUACCCCACAAUAAAUUGGCCAAUUUGAAAUUGAAUGAUGCUUUGACCACCACCGGCACCAAUACACAAAUCACUCAAAAAGUCGAUCAAAUCAAUGGUCUGAAUGGAGAACAUGGUCAGGUGCUGACCACCACCGUGCACACCGUCAGUAAUGGCUACAAAGAGGAAGGUAACAAGAAAAUCCAUGCUAAGGGUAGUGCUGAUGUCAAACAAUCGAAUGCUGCCAGUGGAUCGUGUAAUACUGUGGUCUCGGCCGAUGGCACGACCACAACAACUGUGCGUUCGGCCAAGAGCUCCAGUGUCAAGUAUGCCGUGGAAGCCAGUUCCGUACAAGAAGAAAUAAUCAGCUCCUAAUGUCUAUAGAAUUCCCACAGUAUUGGGUAUCAGCAAAGAGGGUAACAUACGCUCAGCACCGGCCUUCUCCAUGGCCGGCCGUGAAAAACCCCGACAACUGCCAACUCUACUCUUUCCCGGUCCAGGCUAUUAUGAUU